CGGAGGACCUGGGAGAGGGGCCGGCUCCCACCCCUGAGUCCCCAGGGACCCUGCUGCUUGCCGGGGCCGUGGGCGCAAAUGUCGUUCUCUCCCUGCCUUCUUCCCGCCGCCCCCUGGGGGUUUGAUUCAGGAUUUGUUCCUAGUAUCCAAAGCUUUGAUAAGAAACUUACAGAGGCUGAUGCUUGCCUACAAAUCUUGAUAGAACAGUUAAAGCUUUUUGAUGACAAACUUCAAAACUGCAAAGAUGAUGAACAGAGAAAGAAAACUGCAACCCUCAAAAAGACAACAAAUAGCAUGGUAGAAUCAAUUAAACACUGCAUUGUGUUGCUGCAGAUCGCUAAAAGUACUAUUAAUCCUGUAGAUGCAAUAUAUCAACCUAGUCCCUUGGAACGUGUGAUCAACACAAUGCCUUCCCAGACUGUCUUACCUCCAGAACCUGCUCAGUUGUGUAAGUCAGAGCAGCAUCCAUCUCCUCUACCAGUUGGACCUGUAUUAGCUACCUUGGGACAUCAUCAGACUCCAACACCAAAUAGUACAGGCAGUGGGCACUCACCACCUAGAAGCAGUCUAACUUCUCCAAGCCAUGUCAACUUGUCUCCAAACACAGUCCCAGAGUUCUCUUAUUCUAGCAGUGAAGAUGAAUUCUAUGAUGCGGAUGAAUUCCAUCAGAGUGGCUCAUCCCCACAGCCCUUAAUAGAUUCCUCUGGAUCUGCCUCAGUCUUGACACACAGCAGCUUAGGGAAUAGUCUAAAGUGCCCAGAUACCACGGAAUCACUUAAAUCUUCCAUGUCCAAUGGAACAAGUGACGCUGAACUUUUCGAUUCACAUGAUGAGAGAGAUGAUGAAGGGGAGGCAGGGUCGGUGGAAGAGCACAAGAGUGUUAUCAUGCAUCUGUUGUCACAGGUUAGGCUUGGAAUGGAUCUUACUGAGGUAGUUCUUCCAACAUUUACUCUUGAAAGAAGAUCUCUUUUAGAAAUGUAUGCAGACUUUUUUGCACAUCCGGACCUGUUUGUGAGUAUUAGUGACCAGAAGGAUGCCAGGGACCAAACGGUUCAGGCUGUAAAAUGGUACCUUGAUGAACAUUACAUUCUCACAUUCCGCAAUGGUUAUGGACGGUCUAUCCUCACAGUGCCCUGCGUGGAACUAGGUGGAGAAUGCAAUAUUAAUUGUUCCAAAACUGGCUAUAGUACCAAUAUCGUCUUCCACACUAAACCUUUCUAUGGGGGCAAGAAGCACAGAAUUACUGCUGAGAUUCUUUCUCCAAACGACAAGAAAUCUUUCUGCUCAAUUGAAGGGGAAUGGAAUUGUGUAAUGUAUGCAAAAUACUCAACAGGGGAAAAUGUAGUUUUUAUAGAUACCAAGAAGUUGCCUAUAAUCAAGAAGAAAGUGAGGAAGUUGGAAGAUCAGAAUGAGUAUGAAUCCCGCUGCCUUUGGAAGGAUGUCACUUUCAACUUAAAAAUCAGAGACAUUGAUGGAGCAACUGAAGUCAAGCACAGACUUGAAGAAAGACAAAGAGCAGAAGCCCGAGAAAGGAAACAUAGGAAAUUCAAUGGGAGCAGGUUAUUUCAUGAAGAUGGAGAAUGCGGUGUUUAUGAUGAACCAUUACUGAAACGUCUCGGUGCUGCCCAGCAUUAG